AUGGGACCUAUCGAAAAAGAGCAGACACGGAGUACCGAGAAUCAGUCACCCAAAUCUAUCUCAUCGGAGUCACCUCUGAAGUCCACUUCGACCGCGUGGAGUAAUGAUGAAGAGAGCCAACUCGUCAGAAAACUCGAUUGGCGAAUACUCCCAGUGGUCACGGUUCUGUAUUUGGCAAAUUUCAGGCUAGAAAAGGAUAUCGGUUUAGUUGGGUAUCAAUACAAUAUUGGGCUUUCACUUUUCUACAUCACAUAUGCCCUUUCUGAAGUCCCCUCGAAUUUGCUACUAAAGCGAGUUGGAGCGGAUAUAUGGAUUCCUAUUCUCGUUAUUGGAUUUGGGCUAGUUUGUUUCAGUACCGCAUUCAUCAAAAACUUUGCCUCGGCAUCCACGCUCAGCGGCGCAUUCGGGGGAUUGCUAGCUUCUGGGCUCCUCAAGAUUCCCAGGUUGAAGGGGCUCCCAAGUGGAGCAUGGCGUAACAUCUUUUUGGUAGAAGGUGCAAUCACGAUUGCCUUGGGCCUAGCAGGCUUCUACUUUCUCCCUGGUUCGAUCGAGAAAAAUAAAUUCCUGGACGAACGAGAGAAAAUGAUCGCUGUCCGGAGGCUCAUGGAAGACGAAGACAACGGAAAUACUGCUGGGUCCCAAGCGGUUCAAGGCGACUCAUGGUGGCGAGCCUUCAAGGACUUGAACACAUUGAUUUGUGGUCAGGUCUGUUUCCUUUUCGAUAAUAUUGUGGUUCAAGGAAUAUCAUUAUUUAUGCCUACUUUGAUGAAGAACAUGGGCUACUCGACCAUUCAAUCUCAAUUGCGCACGGUUCCUCCCUAUGUGGUUGCGUCCGUGUUCGCCAUCACAGUUGCGUAUGGUUCAUUCCGUAGUGGCCGCAGGGGUAUCUGGCUUCUAUUUUUUGCCCCGCUCGUCAUAUCGGGUCUGGCUAUUUUGUUAGGAACAGCGAACCCUCGGGCCAAUUAUGCAGCCAUGUUCUUAAUUGCCAUGGGUGCAUUUCCGCAAGGCCCGAUGCUACUAAGCUGGGCGACCAAUAAUUCUGCACCUAAUACAGUCAGGGCUGUGAGCUCAGCUUUAGUUGUCGCUAUCGGCACUAUAGGCCCAAUCAUAACAUCUUGGAUAUAUUUACCGGGCGAUUCACCCAGAUAUCGUAUUGCAAACAGCGUACAACUUGGUGGUCAGGUUACUUUCUUUGCGUUGGUCGCUAUCCUUAUGGUUCAUAACAUGCGAGAAAACCGCCGCCGGGCCAGAGGCGAGAGAGAUUACCGCUUGGACGCAUCCGAGCAAGAUAUUGCACGUCUGGGUUCGUUGCACCCCAAUUUCCGCCUCAUUGUAUAA